GAAAAACCAUGAAGCAAUCGAUUCGAUAGUCAGCUCGGCAUACUAAUUUACGUGGUCCAUCGUCAACUCCUUCCACAUGCACCCUCCAUCAAUCAGCCCUCGAUCAACUCACAAUUUUUUCAUACUCUGAACAAAACCUAGAUCCCGUCCGAUAACCGAUCCAUGGUUUUCUAGAACACAUGUCCACGAUCUCUCAUCUUCUAUUCAAACGGGCUUCCUUCUCUUUGCCAAGCACUUUUGCUUCACCUCCUCCUGGAUAUGUAACCCCUCCGUGGCCUAGUCUAUAUGGCCCUAAUUCCGAUGGAAUUUAUCUCUACGUACCUUCAACGAUUUGGAAAUUCACGUUAUAUUGGACUUUAUUACUCGAAGGAAUUGUAUUUAUGGGAUGUGGAUUAUUUGCGAGUUUUACGUUUUGGAGAAGUGGAUCAUUGAGGGAAAUGAAUGGAAGCAAAAAUGGGAAGAUGGGGAAGAUGAGGAUAGGAGGAAAGACGAUGGCAAAGCAGGCGAGAAUUCGAAGAUCAGGAUCAGUAGGAAGAACCGAGAACCAAGGAGAAUGGAUCCCAUUAAAUCGACAUCGAAGAGCCUCAUCAAUCAUCACUACUAUCCAUCAUCCUGUCGAGAAUCUUAACCGGACUAGGAGACCCUUCACCAGUCUCUUCCUCACCCCUACCUUCUUCUUCCUCAUUUUCUCUUUCUCUGCUGUUAUCUCUGGUAGCCUCGUCGGUUGGGCUAUCGCGGCUCUCUAUAAUGCAGCUUUCCUCAGAAUGUCAACUUGGGUGCCUGCCCUCUGGUCCGCUGGACUCACCUUGAUCGUCAUCAUCAGUUCUUAUUCUAAUAUUUCCACCGUUUUGUAAGAUCUUCACGUCUUUUAUCUCUCAACAGGAUAAUGACAUAUUGUCAAGGAAUUGUUG